AUGUGGGCUCAGGAGUGGUCCGCAGUUCUUCCUCUGCUGGUCAAUUCGACGAUGCUGGACCUGGACGCUGGUCUUCGCGCCAAGAACUAUUCAGUGUGGGACAUGGUGCGGCGAGCUGAGGACUUCUACGUAUCGCUGGGUCUAGACAGGAUGCCGCCCAAGUUCUGGACCAACUCUCAGCUGGAGAAGCGAGAGGGUCGAGUCUCCAACUGUCAUGGAACUGCUGCCAACAUGUACACCGGCGAUGACUACAGGCUUCUGAUGUGUGCUGAAGUAAAUUGGGAAGAUUUUCACGUGAUUCACCAUGAGAUGGGUCAUUUGCAGUAUUUCAUGGCAUACAGAGAUCAACCAGCUAUAUUCCAGGCAGGUGCCAACUCGGCGUUCCACGAGGCUGUAGGAGAGACAAUAAUGCUAGGGGUCCAGAGUCCCCUUCACCUGGAAAGGCUAGGGGUCAUGGCCAGCGAUGAAACUGAUAUUCAAAAAGAUCUGGAAAUUCUCCUUUUACUCAAGACAGCCCUGAACAAAGUCCCUCAGAUAGUGUUCGGCAUGAUGAUGGACAAAUGGCGAUGGAAGGUGAUGCGGGGAGAAGUGACUCCCCAGGAGUACAACACGGAGUGGUGGAGCAUGCACAAGGAGUUCCUACGAGUCAGUCCUCCUGUGCAGCGGUCCAAGGCUGACUUUGACCCAGCGGCCAAGUUUCACAUUAUGGACAACACGCCGUAUAUAAGAUACUUCUUAAGUGGUUUCCUUCAGAUGCAGUUCUUCGAGUCUCUGUGCUUGGCCACAAUUCCUCGCCAGGCAAAACUUCCUUUCCCUCUUCAUCGCUGUGAUAUUUACGGAAACAAGGAGGCAGGUCGUCUUUUGAGGAACAUGAUGCGCCUAGGCUCUCGGGCAGAACCUCAGGAGGCGUUGGCUACCAUGACUGAGGGACGGUAUAUAUCAUACUCUGCAAAACCCUUUCUAGAGUACUUCCGUCCUCUGUCACUCUGGCUGGACAGCAAACUGACUAACGCUUCUCCUAUCUGAGCCACGUUCACCGAGACACAUACUGGUUACCGCGGGAAAACUAAAUAUA